AAACUAAGACACAAGGAAAACAACUAGAAAGAAAAAAAGAAACUGAGAUAAAGAGAAAAUGGAGAGGGCAGGCUUAGUGGUUGUGAUGAUAUGCUUGUUGUGCUUGGUGGGUGUGGUUCCUAUGGCAGAGGGGGAUACAACUCCAAGUCAGUGCAAGCAGGAGAAGAAUCUUCUCGUUGGUGCAUGCAAACCAAUUAUUUUUGGACUUCAACCAUCUGCAGCCUGCUGCCAACGUGUUAGGGUUACUCAUGCCGAGUGUGUGUGUCCAUACCUUAGUCCCAAGGUUGCGAAUUUAAUCAAUGUGAAACGCAGCAUCAAGCAAAUCGAAGGUUGCGGAAGGACUGUUCCUCACAACUUCAAGUGUGGAAGUGUCACCACUCCAUAAGAAGAUCAAAGUCGAUCCUACAAGAACAAAUAG